AUGGUUGUCAUCUCCUCUGCCUUCCUUGUGAGGCUGUUUUGUCUGAGUUUGGCUCUGGCAUCAGCUACUACAUCUUCUUCAUCUCCGCUUGAGAUUCUUGUUCAACGCAUUACUGACUGUGGCACUUCUUCAUUCAACUUCCACACUACUAAGAAUUUCAUUAGCACCAUCUUUGUGGUUUGGAAUCGGCUCAACAGGUUCAACUUCAUGGCAUUUGGAAAUGGUUUGAAAGGUUGA